UAAAAGUGUGAAUAGUACAAACAACUCGAACAAACCUUUUGUGUUCGAGACGAAUUCUAUUCGUACACUGCAGCUGCAUGAGGAAUUGUCGGACACCCUGUAUUCAUAUAUUUGAGUUGUCGCGCAGAAAUCGUUAACGCCACCCCGGGCGAGCGCUUCUUAACAAGUGGUCCGAGAAAACUCCGCAGUCGCUUCCUAACAGAGGGAGAGUCGGGUCGAGAGUCGGUUUUUAUCAGUUGCGUGAGCGCGCCACGUAUGAAAACUUCCAGCGCUCACGCCCUGUUUCCUACUACAAAGAUGAUGGCUAGAUGGACGAAAGGGCGCGCGAUGGAGGGCGCGGGACGAGGUGGAAGCCGGAGAGGAAGUUGUUGGACCAUGUCGACUGCUUCCCAAGCCAGCCGAAGUGGACCUAUCGACUCGAAACGAGUGUGCUCGACGUUAAAAUCCCGGUCGCUGCUCUCGUUUCUAAGCCUCCCCUCUCACCCACCGUCAUCACUCUUUCUCUCUCCCUCUUAUUCCGCCAACUUUCUGCCUUUCCUUCGCGUGUACAGUCGCGCGAGCGCGCUCGUCCGUCCGUCCGUUCGUCCGUUCGUUCGUUCGUUCGUUCGUUCGUUCGUUCGUGUUAGACGUAAACGAUGCAAUGCUGGGUGGACACGGUCCAGCAAAUCCGAAAUCCCCUUUUCCUCGAUAUAAAGCUCCGUCUCUUUUUUCGACUUGGACCCUCCACACAGCGAGACUUUGCGAGACCGGCUCACCCUGUGUGAGCAAAGUAUCGGAGCCGCCGAUAAAACCGAGCUGUAACAAACGAAAUUGACACUAUCGGGUCGGGUUCUCGCACGCGGAAAUGCGCGCGUCAACGGUGGAAUUCAAUUUCAACUCACGGGAACUACGUACGCCGGACGUACGUAUCUGUCUCGAUAAGUGCGAAUGUCGUGAAUAAAUUCACCAAGCAGCAAUUUUCACGACCGACACGUAUCCCGUGAUCCUAUCGUUCCCCCUGCAAUGAUCCUUCAAUUUAAGAUGGACCUUUGAGAAAGCCGGAAAAGUUGGCGAUGAUCAUCGAGCAUCCGUUGCCAAUUGAAACGAUAUUUCAUUGACGAACGAAGGAAACGAAUGAUUGUCGCAAAUCUCCAGUCCUGCCACGAGAUCUCGUCAUUAUAUUGUAUUAACUCUUUGAGUCCCGAUUUAAUACUCUGUUAGCAGAAAAGAAAUUUCACUCAUUAUUGUUCCUAGCAAUGUAUAGAGAGAUCUGAUUGUUUUUUUAUUAAUUUUCCAAUCAACCAUUAUGGAAAAAUUAAAAUGUUGCCUCAAAGAAACGAUUCUUUGAUAUGCUGCAUUAGUUUCAAUACAAACUAUAUUCCGCGUAAUAAUAAUUUUCUACUUUUCAAACAUUGCGAUAAUACACGAGAAUAUUUCGCAAAGUUUACUUUUAUAUGAUAAGUAAGUGCAAUAUUAGUAAAUUGCACUUACUUAUAGAACGGUCAGCCUCGGAAUAGGAGAGACUUCACUGAUUUUAUCACUACGACUGGUGAUAAGAUAUAAAAAAUCCCGCCUAAAGUCACGAGAGAUAGUGUUGCCAGCAACGUUUGACAGUUUGAUGGAGAAAAAUAUCGAUUAGUUUGUGGCACGACUUGAACUCGAUGUUGCUUCAAGGCAGCAACGGGCGACAAAGGGUUAACUGCCAACGAACGUGCUUCCGUGAUCGCGGGAGAGCCGCGAUGUUAACGCUAACGGGAUGAAUUAUGUUCAGACAGUGCUGGCAGAGAGAUAGUCGGUAGGGAGAGACGCGGCAUUUUUCUUCGCAAGGGAGUGUGACGAUAUUAUUCUGUUUCAGGGUGUGACGGGCGACCGGCUGGCCGGGGGCGCCGCACACCUCCUCCAUCUCUUCUUCUUCUUGCCACGACCACAACACACAAUGUAACAACAACAACUACUACUACUACUACUACUUCUACUACUACUACUUCUACUACUACUACUACCUACUACUACUAGUGUCGUCCGCGUGAACCACGUUCUCAAUGUACUCGAUGUGAUGAACCGUCCUAUUCAAGUGAAGCCGGCGGACAGUGAAAACCGCGGAGAGUGCAUGAUGGACGACGGGAGCGCCUGUGCCAUCUUCUGGAAGUAGGAGGCACCGGUGGCGGCCGCUGAAGACAGAAAGCUGUUCGUGGGAAUGCUAAGCAAGCAACAAACUGAAGACGAUGUCCGACAGUUGUUCACUGCCUUCGGCACAAUAGAGGAGUGCACCAUCCUCCGUGGACCCGACGGAAGCAGCAGAGGCUGUGCAUUCGUGAAGCUUUCAUCACAUCAAGAAGCUCUGGCGGCGAUAAAUUCUCUACACGGCAGCCAAACUAUGCCGGGUGCGUCAUCCAGCAUAGUGGUAAAAUUCGCAGACACUGAUAAAGAGCGACAACUAAGACGCAUGCAGCAAAUGGCCGGGAACAUGAGCCUUCUUAACCCCUUCGUCUUCAAUCAGUUCGGCGCUUACAGCGCUUACGCUCAGCAGCAAGCGGCGCUCAUGGCAGCCGCGACUGCACAGGGGACGUAUAUCAAUCCAAUGACAGCAUUAGCCGCCGGACAAUUGCCGCAUGCAUUGAACGGCAUGCCAAACCCCGUGGUCCCGCCAACUUCCGGUACCGGCACAGGACAACCGGUGAACGGGGCGAUACCAUCGUUGCCCUCGCCGACGAUGCCGAACUUUAACAUGGCCGCUCAGACGCCGAACGGCCAGCCGGCAGGCUCGGAUCCAGGUGUCUACACCAACGGAAUACCGCAGACUUAUGCGGGACAUGCCCUUCAUCUGUCCAUUCCAGCGCAGGGGCUGCCCAACGGGGAGGCGGCACUUCAGCAUGCCGCCGCAUAUCCUGGAAUGCAAGCUUAUGCUGGAGUGGCCGCUUACCCCGCUGUCUACGGCCAGUUUCCUCAGGCUAUUCCUCAGCCGAUGACCGCGGUGGCGCCCACGCAGAGGGAAGGAUGCUCUAUCUCAGGACCCGAGGGCUGCAACCUGUUCAUCUACCACCUGCCCCAGGAGUUCGGUGACGGCGAACUCAUGCAGAUGUUCCUGCCGUUUGGCAACGUCAUCUCCUCCAAGGUUUUCAUCGACCGGGCGACCAACCAGAGUAAAUGCUUCGGUUUCGUGUCGUUCGAUAAUCCGGCGAGCGCGCAAGCAGCGAUCCAAGCGAUGAACGGCUUCCAAAUAGGGAUGAAACGGUUAAAAGUCCAGUUGAAAAGGCCCAAGGACGCCAGCCGGCCAUACUAACCCACGUCCUAGCCUAGAAAAUCUGGACGGGUCGCACCCUACAUCAUAAAUUACAGAAUGUCGUACGAGAACGUGAGCUCGAUGGACGCUCGACGAUCAGGAGUGACGAGUUUGAAUCACCGUUACAACGCUCUCCACUGUAACAACUUAGUAUACUAGCUAGUUAAUUCAUUAGAGGAUAACAAUUUAGAGGUCAGUAGAGCAACGGCUUCGUCGUUGAAGUGCGCGGCGGCGGCGAAGAGGCUGAAGCGAAAGCGAAGGAUGUUCUGCGCUGAACCCAGUCCGAGAGAAGAGCCGGAAGUGGACGAGGCACGCUGAAACGUUUCCCGGGUGCUCGGAUAAUGAAACCCUUCGUCGACAUACACACACACAUGUACACAUACCCACACAUCCAUCGGCUUUUCCGUUCCCUUCACCCACUCCCGCUCGAAUCUGCAUGUUUCUUUACUCUCCGCGUUUAGCCUCUGUACCUACUGCCAGGUGAGAGAUUACGUUCGAGCUAUAGGACGAGGAUCGAGCGGACAUGAGCGUGCAGCGAAGAACAUGUUGCGAACAUUUCGAGGAUCCGAUCAUCCUAGGGAGCCCGCCUGGAGCCCCAGAACUCCCACCCAAGCUCGUCGUUCCGAUACGUGCGACGACACAUACACACAUACAUAUAUACACACGUACACACCGUACAAUCACAGACGCGGAUAACGACGUUGCGCCGCAACGGCCAGUACCAACCGACAAUAGCUAUCGCGAAGUAUUUCGUCGGAAAACGCUUUUAGAACUCUCUCGUCAUGUUCGUUGCCAGUCAGUCCGACGACAACGCGACGCUGUGCAACCGUGCCGGGAAGAGAAAGCAGAGCAGGAGUAUACAUGGAACGACCCGGCGACGGGAAAUCGGCACGAAGCUGACCACCAUCGGACUUUGGCGCCGCACGAAGCGUCGAAUGUAGCCCCAUCGCGACUGAAGAUCCUGCGCGCGUCGUCCGACGACGGUACAAGAUGGUAGUGGCCCGCGCGCGAGACCGACGAAGGUGGAAAGCCAACACAGGCAGACUCGUCCCGGAGAGGCGCGGACGAGAUAUCGAUAUCUCUCUCCCAAAACGACAAAUGUCAAUCACAUUAUACAGGGUGCUCGUCUCGCGAAACGUCUGUAAACGUUCUUGAUGAAAAAAAUAAGAAAAAAGACAAAAAAAAUAAGGAAGCAGGAGGAGAAGAAGAGGAGGAGGCGGAAGAGGAAGAGGGGGAAAAUGAGAGAGAGAAAGAAAGGAAGCACGUAGAAUCAUCGCGACGAACAUGGGCUCAGCGCUGAUCCGACAUCCACGCCGGAUAUCGGUUCUCCUUGUAACGUUUAAGAUUUAAACAAGUACACGACGCGCUGUAGGUUUUAUAUACCGCAGGUAGUGGAGAGAGGUACGCGCGCGCGCGCGCCGCGCGCGCCGAGGAAGCGGGGAAGCCUCGCCCUUGGACUCGCGCGCCGUCCGCGUGCGUUGGGCGCGCGCGCGCGCGCACGGUGCUCGUCCUUCCCGUAAUAGUACUUAUUACUACUAUGGUUAUGACAAUUAUCAUUGUAAUUAUCGCUAAGUAAGUGACACGCGAGUUUCCGGCCGAAAGUAUAAUAUCUACACUCCGUUGGUUCCUGCGCGAACAUCGAGGGGGGGGGAGGGGGGACUGCCGCGUUAGGAGGGCGCGCGCGAUCGCGCCCCGCGUCCGCGCCGAGUCUCGCGAUCGCUACCGCGCGGCUCGGUGAUCCACACCGGAUCGACGGAUGGCUUCGCCCGAUCGGUAAGCAUCGCUCGAGAAAUGUCAGCCAGGCUGUGAUUGUCUAGACGAGAAGCGCGCGCGCGAGGGAGAGAGCGGGAGAGAGAGAGAGAGAGAGAGAGAGAGAGAAAGAAAGAGCGACUUUGGACGGAUGUGACGGCGUCGCCAGUUACGGUACCUUUCUUCUUUUUUAGUUCUCACGUUGCUCUCUAACGGUAUAAUAUAUAAAAAUAUAUAUAUGAUAGCUAUGGUAUAUGUAUGAUAAUUAUAUGAUCUUGUCAUCAGUUUUUUCGUUGUCGCGGUUGAUGGGAGAAAGAGGGGGGGGAGGAGUUGGGAACAAGUGAAUAGACGACGUGGCAGGCAGGAAGUGAGUAAAGGAGCGAAAAACCAAAGAUAAAGAAGCUGUAAUAUAGUUAUAUAUCGAAUAAUAUGCAAAUUCCUAAGGGAACGCUUAUGAUAUCUUUGAGCUGCGAUACGAGAAGGGGCAGGGACCCCCGGAGAAUCUCCUUACGUUCGACAUUACGUUCCGAGCAUAAAACGUUGAAUUUGCUGCCGAGUUCGAAUAGUUUGCCGUGCAAUGUGAUUUCGAUAUGAUUUUACGCUUUAUUCGACAUUGGCCAAGACUCCGAGAUAUGAGAUAGGCCAGAUGCGCGGAUGAGGACACAUUUCGCAAGAGGGAGGGAGAGAAGGGGAAAGAGAAAGAUCGCUGCCGGGUGCAGACUCAAUACGCCUAUCGAUCAUACGUGCGUGUUCAUACGAAAUUCUUGUGACUGAAAUAGACAAAACAUUGAACAUUUCGCGUGCGAUGCCCGGUCGGAUACGCAGAACGGCGACGAUUUGUACGAAUGUUCGCGGAAGAAGGUACAGGGAGAUAACAG